GUGUUCCAUCGGAUGUGAGGUUGCUGCAGCUGCUGGGUGCACCCGCGUUUGCUGUCCCCUUCCACAGUAGCGGUUACGAGGUUCCGCCGCCUGGCGCGUCAGGUGCCCCUGACUAUGCGCUCCCUCGCGGGUUUGAUCGCCGUCGUCGCUGCCGCCACCUUGUAUCUGUACUUCCUGUCCUUACACCUCCCCGCAGCACCGCCGCUGCUGCGGCCCGGCGCUCCACACCAGGAUGGGGGCACGGCAGACACCACUCCACCCGGUGACUCUUCCGAAGGACAACGCAGCAGGCUGAAGUUCCCGGCGGACCUGGAGGAGCUGAGGGAGCUGGCGGAGCUGCUGCACUUCUACAAGACGGAGCACACAGGAUACGUCCUGCUGCUCUUCUGCAGCGCCUAUCUCUACAAGCAGUCCUUUGCCAUCCCCGGCUCAUCGUUCCUGAACAUCCUUGCAGGGGCUCUCUUUGGACCACACGAAGGGCUGCUGCUGGCUUGUGUGCUCACCACUGCAGGCUCCACCAUGUGCUAUCUGCUGUCCCGAGCCUUUGGGAAACACCACAUCGUCAACCUCUUCCCUGACAAGGUCUCAAUGCUGCAGAGGAAGGUGGAGGAGAACCAGGACUGUUUGUUCUUCUUCCUGCUCUUCCUGAGGUUCUUUCCCAUGACCCCCAACUGGUUCCUAAACAUGUCCGCCCCCAUCGUCAACAUCCCUGUCAUGUUCUUCUUCUGUUCCGUCUUUAUCGGCCUUCUGCCAUACAACUUCAUCUGCGUCCAGACGGGCGUCAUGCUGUCUGAGGUGUCGUCUCUGGACGACCUUUUCUCAUGGGCGCGGCUGCUGCAGCUGCUGGCCAUCGCCUGUGUGGCCCUGCUGCCUGGGGUCCUUAUACGACACUACAGCCAGAGCCGGCUCAAGCUGGAUGGGCCCAUCACCAAGAAGAAGAUCCAGUGAGUCUGCUUGGGAACGAAUGAGUCACCCAGGACCCCUUUUCCCACUGUAUGCCUUAUCUCACCGAGUGUAAUUUUCAGACAUGUAGACGUGAUUGGGAAAUCUGCUUCAAGUGUUGAGUCUUUCUGGCUCUAGCUGCUGUGAAGAUUGUGGCCACUGGGAGUCCCUGUGGGGAAAGGGACCUUUCUACUUGUAGCGCUUUGUUUUUAUGGCGCUGCAUAAGGAUGAGAAGGUGGUGAAGUCUCUAGAAAGUGAUGACAUUUGAACAGGUGGACUUAAGGAACAGUAUUAUGUGUCACCCGGUUCUUGUGUUUCUGUGUCACAGCAUCUGUCUGACCACAGUGUGCACAUAUCUGUAUGCUGUAUGUAUGUACGUUUGUAUGUAAAUUCAUCUUUAUUGGGAAAGAUGAAGUGAAUGUGAAGGACAACUGCUGUUGUGCAUGUUCCAUCCACUUCCAGAUCUGCUGUAACAUAGACAGCCACUUAUGUUAGAGACAUUUUGUUGUAGUUGUGUAGAGGCUAGAUUUCUUUAUAAAGUGCCUACGGAUGAGUCAUGCAAAUUUGGACUCGUUUCUCUACCUCGGAAAUAAACACGUAGAACAUAGAACCACCUAUUGCUGUGUAAACCGGACAGUCUCAAGAAGCUUUUACGUAAAUGAUUUCAUCCAUUCAUCUUACUUGCGAGUCGCCUACUGCAGCUGUGUGAAACAGACGUGGUUUCAUCACAUCUGCUUUAUUGUGCUGGUUCCUCAAUUUUGCAAUAAUAUCUGUCCAACUGGGUUAUCAUCAAUUUAAAAUCAUUGUCCAAUUGAUCUGGAAGUCCGGAGCCUCUUAGUUUUUGUUUUGUUUUUUUAAUCACACUUCAUCAUUGUUCUUCUUGAAGCCCUUAUCUGCCUCUUUCUGCCUUGCUCUGUGGCCCACAUGGUACCGCAGCUUCUGCACGGUGCAUUGCUGUUUAUAUCUCGGUAUUCAUCCUGCCUUUUUUGGGGAGGUCACUUUGGGUUAACGUGUUACUGUCAUACUGGUGUUCAGAUGACCUCAAUUCUUUUAGUGUAUUGUAAAGAAAAUCAAGCAAGACGUUGGUAAUUGUGAUGCUAUGAAAUAAUAAAGAGAACAUGCUGUCACACAGAAAGAAGUGCAGGUGUUAUGACGAGUCCAGUGAAGACAGAGAAGUAAACGGGUUCUUUGAAAUACUCUUUAUUGCUCAGAUCCAGGUUGGUCAGCAAUACAGUUCACUCACAACUCAAAACAACAGCACGGCUGUUACCAGCGGCAUGGAUCCAAUGAGAUGUAGUGUAAAUGGAUCAUCUCUGUCCAACACACAAUCACUAAUCAACUUAAGUAAUUUCUGACCUGUUGGCUCAUGGGAAAUGUAGGACUUAAGGUUUCUCAAGCACUGAGGGGACAAAGAAACCUCCCAAUGUUGAGCUGAAGUUUAGAAACAGAUCUAUCCCACAAAAAAAUAAAAAUACUGCAAGUCUAGGACUAUGUGUGUGUGAUAUGUAGUACAUACUGGAUAACCCAUCGCAUUUCUCAUGCAAUGCUUUGUAUUUUCUCGUCACACAACAAACUAGGACAAAAACACUCCUGUGGUUCUGCAUAUGACAGGCUGGAGAAUAAACUUGUUCCUCAGCCAAAAUAUAUGCCAACAUUUGCAACGAAUGCCCUCUGUUCUGUUCUGUUCUGUUCGCUCCAAAAGACAGAAAAAUACAAAGUGUUAACAGCCUUUAUCAGACCUGCAUACUGUCUGUCAGAAACCUUCCUUGUUGAACAGUCAGCAUCUACUUUUCGUGUUACUCAUGCAUUACUUGCAUAUACUGCUUCUCACAUUUGUUCAGAUGCAGAAUAGGAUUCCAUCUCAAGUUAACAGCUAGUACUGGUGAUCUCAAAGGAAUGAAUAUAAAAGCAAAGAUUCCCAGCAACUUUUUCAGUCUAUAUUUAUCAGUGUAGAUGACAAGCCAACUAGAUUACCAGGAGACAGAAAAACUAACAAACUAACCCACCACUACGGGAUAUGAGAGACUAAUACUGUCAUUUCUGUGUGACUGGUUAAAUGGUUGUCAGGUGCAGAGUAUUCAUAUCUAGCACACCUCACAAAACGCCAAUCUUUAGAGAAAAAAAAGAGUUCACUACCAUCUCAUAAGGUUUCACCCCAAAACGCUGUUGGUAACAGAUGCCUCUACAAUGUGGCUUCCUCCAACGCCAUCUGCAGACGCUAACAAGCAUGGCUCACACUGGAUGCACCGCUCACCCCACCAUCAUGAAACCUGCCAUCUCAAUCUAGAGGGAAUCAUAGCAUACCCAAACCUAUACCUAGACAUGAAAGCACAAAACACACAUGAGACAGAGGUUUGAAAAGAAAAAAAAGAAUCCAUCCUCUCUGUUAAAAAAAACAAACAAAAUAAAACGGGCUUAAAAGUUGUUUUUUAAACUGCUCUACCAUGUGGAUGAACUGACAUACCCAUGUCUUGCUUUUUUUUAUAAUAGUCAAGCAAACCAUUACAAAGAUUGAACAAAUGGCCGAGGUGCUAUGGUAACAUCCAUGAUCUCC